CUUUAUUUGCUUGUUGAAAAGAAACGUUUAGCUCAAGUUCUCGCAAUGCGUCUGCUUUUUCAAGCUUACUUUCUCGCGAUGUUUUUCGUAAUGACCGUCAAAGGCGAUGGAGCUUCUCCAUCCUGUCCCAAGCCGUACGACAAGAGGAUGGUAUGCAACCUGAUGUGUAACAUUCUACAGGAUUCAAGCGCGAACGACGCCAUUAAAAUGUUGCAAACGAAACUAGAAAGUCUCAUUGCAGAGUUGAACAAACCAGGGAUAGCACAAAAACCAGGUAAAUUGUUGCAGUUGUUAACGACUUUUUAGCUAGUGAGGUUUGUAAAGCCACAAGCAGUGCUUCUAACCAGAGGAAAACUUCACUCACGAGUGAAUUAAGGUCGCGCAUUUUGUAUUUUAUUUAGCCAGAACGUCCGUAUGAAGUCGUUAUUAAUUAACACCAGAAUUUUUGAAUUUCAUACAGCCGUUCCCGCUUCCCCGUGCCAGGAACAGUAUGAGAAACACAAGUGAGUUCCUAGAUACAAGUAAUGUCAUGGGAAAGGUGAUUUUUAACUGAGUCACUGGCGGCUCUGAAGAAAAUAUCCCCGUACUUCCAGUAGGAGUCGAACCUAUGACCUUCAGGUUACUAGUCCAGAUGCUCUACCACCGAGCUACGGGCGAAUCGUGGGAGCUAAGGCUACUAAACAAGCUAGGUUCAAAUAAGUACUGACAAAAAGGCAAUCACCGCCAAGAGACACUCUCCUUUUCUUUUUCGAAACCAGCUUUGAAACGUCGAUCUUCAAUAUUUUGACGCACAGUCAAGAAAGAACAAGAGUAGUCCAGAAAUGCAAAAAUGAUCUUUGGUAAAAUAAACCUGACAGUCACUAUUUUCAUUUUCGUAGUUCGGCCAAAAGCCAAGUGUACACGUUGAAGUUUGGUUCGCAAAAGAUUCCUGUUUACUGUCACAUGGGAAACUUUGGAUGCGGAGAUGGAGGGUGGACACUGGCCAUGAAGAUUAAUGGCGCAAAGGUAAAACGAUUGUGCUGCAUACGGAAGUUAUGUAUAUAGUGUAAAACUAAUGGGUUCUUGUUUGUAUUUCAGAAAACUUUCCAUUACAGCUCUGGGUUUUGGAGUAACAAGAAUUCCUAUAACCUUCCAGGAGGUAAGACCGGGUUUGACGAUCAAGAGACUAAACUGCCAACCUACUGGAACACAUCCUUCUCCAAGAUCUGCCUGGGUAUGAAGAUCGGCAAGCAGAUCAAGUUCAUUGUUAUCAACAAGAAGGCCGCUUCUCUGCACUCACUGAUCGCAGACGGGAAGUAUCGCGCCACGUCACUGGGUCGUAACACGUGGAAGAAGCUGAUUGGUUCUCAGGCUUCCCUGCAGACUGGGUGCAACAAGGAGGGGUUCAAUGCGGCGAGCACCACUUGCAGCUACUGUGCUAAGACAAGAAUCGGUAUCCUUGGAAAUAACGAACGAGACUGUAGUAGCUGUGAUUCCAAAAUUGGGUUUGGAACUGGAGGACGAACUGACGAUUCCAACACAUGUGGGAACAACGCUAUCAAAGGAUAUACAUCGGAUAAUGGAGGGAGAAACAUAAAAGCCAUGGGAUAUAUCUUGGUACAGUAG